AUGAAUAAGAUUAUAACUGUUUUAUUUUUAUUUAUUAUUUUUAAUAAUAAUUUCAAUAUUGCUUUUCAUGGUGGUAAAGAGUUAACCAAAGUUGAAGAAAUUCAACAAGCAUCAUUCCGGUUUUUAAUUUCAUCUGCCUAUAGAAAUUCACAAAAAAGUAGAGAAUGGUGUGAAGAAUCAAAAGUUGUCGGAGGUAGACCUUACCUAUGGAGUGACCACAGAACCAUGGCUAUUAACUAUAUUGACCUAUACAUUGCUCUUCAAUUUGAUACUGCUUGUGAAACCCAACUGAAAGAUUUAAGAAAAAUAUACUUUGACCAAGUUGCACAACCUACACCAUUUAAUGAUAAUAAAGAGUUUUGGGAAGGUACUCUUUUACCAAAAAUGCUUGAUGCUUUCUCCUGUGGCUUUACCAGUAGUAAGAUUGAAGACUUUGACUUUGUAUCAGAUGAUCUUUUAACAGAUUUUAAUACUGACCAAACUAAACAAAAGAUAUGGCAUAUGAUUAAUGACUAUAUGCUUAGUAUUUACAAACAAAGAGAAAAUCCAAAUAGAAGAUUAGACUUUGAUGCUGGGCUUUAUGUUCCAUUCCUUGAUACAUUAAGCAAUACCUCAUAUACCUUUGAUCAAAAUAUGAGAGUUGGUUUCCCAACCUAUAUCGGUAGAAGUCUCUGGCAUAUUUUCCAUACAAUUGCUCAAAGAAUAUCUGAUAGUGAAUGUACUGAUACUUCAUUUUAUGAACACAUCACUGAACUAUUCAAAAACUUUAUGGUAGCUUUUGCAAGAGGUCAACAUCCAUGCCCAUUUUGUAGAGAGCAUUUUGCAAGCCAUGUACUUAUUAAUGAUCGUAAUACAGAAGAUCCAUUAUCAAGUGAAGCUGUACGUUUUUAUCCAAUUGAACAUUUGUUAAUGGGCGGUGUUGUUGGCGAUGCUAAAGCCAAAUUCUCCACAAUCACAUCAACAGAUAAAAGAUCUUUAGCAGCUUUCUUUUGGAAACUCCAUAACACUGUAACAUCAUCUGUCGAAGCCUCUUGCUCUUGCUAUAUGGAAGAGUCUUAUGAUACUGAUCCUUAUAAGUGUAUUUUUAACAGUGAAUCAAUAGAGCAAAAACGUUAUCCAAGACAAUACAGAUCAUACCCAUUCAUGAAACGUUUCGAAUUCAUUUUAACACCAGACCACAACUUCACAUUGUAUAAAGAAACAAGAGAAUCAUUUAAAUCAACAAAUAAUGAAAUAAAUGCACUCGAUACCUUGGAAUUAAGAAAAGAACUUUUCUGGUACUGGAAAAAUGGAACUAAAGUCAGUGAAGAUACAAAUAAAACAAUUCAAAAACUAACUGAUUUAAUUGAAAAAAUGACCAAAGAGUUUUUAGAUUCACCAAUUCUUUCAGUAUACUCCUAUACUACAAACCCAUUAAAUUGUGAAACAUCAACCCAGUAUUUAAAUGACCUAUUAAACUCUACAUCUAAAAUUGAAGCUCCUCUUUUUGAAAUUCCUAUUAUACCAGAACUUUGUGAAAAACAUGUUGUACCAUCAGCCUGUGAUAAACAGUAUAAAACCAAUACAACAACUAUUAUUAAAGAAGAAGAAAAAUCCAGUAGCCAUCAUAGCAGCCAUAGUAGCUCUGUAAAACUUAAUUAUAGCUAUCUUUCUGUUUUAUCAAUACUAUUUUUAAUAGUUUUUAAUAUUUUCUAA